CAUUGUAACGUAAUGAACUAAAAUGGAUUAUGUUGAUAUCAACAGUCGUUUAAAUGUUUACUGUUUUUGUAAACAUUUUUGAGAAAACACGAAAUGCCACCAUUUAAACGUGAUACUCAUAGUUUCUAUAAAUGAUGUAAUUAUUUCAUUUCUUUAUACUUAAACAGUUCAAAUGUCAAGUCCUAAGCUUCGUAUGAUUACAGUAUUUGUCAUCAAUAUAAAGUUAAACUUAUUAUGCUGAUGUCAUCAUGUGCAAUGAUUGGCAUCAUUGCGUUUUCUAACUAAUUUGCAUGGUUAUAUAUUUUAUUUAAGCGUGUGGAAUAUUUUACAGAUUGUAGGGAAUUGUAAUUGCAAACUUUUCAUUUUAAUCUUGAGGCAAAGCAUGAAUUUUCCUUGUGUAUUCAUUCAUGUAUAUUUGUGAUUUAUUUACACAGACAUUCGCCAACUCUGUUUUCAAAGGUGCCAAAUUUUCUUGUGAUCGUUUUCGCCAUGCAUUGUUGAGAGACUUGCGGAAGAUGGAUGUUCAACAGCUGUAUCUUCAUCUAGGCUCAAAUGACAUUCUUACGAAUGAAGCGGUGUUUUACCGAGAUGUAGCUGACUUGUGCGAUUUGGUGCAUCAGGAGGCGCACAAUCGGUGUCCAGAAUGCAGGGUUGUUUGCUCCAACGAAGACGCUUUGCUAAGCCACUUCUGCAGUCGCCACAUCAAGCAACCAGAGACUGGAAAAGAGAGUAAAAUUAAGCUGAUAGGCUCAUCAAUGAUUGCAUCUGCUAAUCAUGAACUCAACGAAGUCAGCUCAAGGAAGUGGAAGGCAUGCUUGGAAAAUAGAAGUUUCCAUUAUGAAGGAACAUACAAACAUUUCCCACCCACCAUGUGGAUCAAGAUGUUUGGGCUGAUGAUUCUGGGUCGUAUGUGUGGACAAGGUGGUCUUCAUUACAUCAUGAUGCAGCUGUGUAUUCAACAACAUGUUAACCUGUCCCAGCGGAUGUUGAUGCUCUUAAAUCUCUUAAAUGAUGUUGAGAAAAAUCCAGGACCGGUACUUUAUGACAAAAUAUACAUCGUUUAUUGAAUAACUAUAUAUAUUUAUUUUAACAUUAAAGUGAUUUUUUUCUUG